UGGAAAAGAUUCCCUUCAAGCUUUGUCCGUUUCACAAGUGGUGCAACAACUGUUCAUCAUAUACCUGUCAAUCUGCGGCUCAUUUGGUGUGUGCCUGUUGAUGGAGAGCAACUUUCAGUGCAAGAUCACGUACCUUUUGUCGCUAUGGGUCUUUCUCGUCCCUGAUUGGCUAGCAGUUCCAGUAUCUAUUGAUCGUAUCAACGCAAUCCAGUUUCCUGUCUGGUACAAAGAGAAUGGCACAACUAAAAACGCGUGGUAUCUGUUAGCACUAAUAGUUUCAAUCAUUGGGCUCAUACUGCUGCCCACGUCGUUUUUGGUAAACCGAGUUGACAAUGGCGCUUACGUGCACUGUUCUGCCGAGGAGUAUGGAUUUCUCGUCGAUAAUGUCCUCGGUGUACUCGGAAUUCCGCCGAUCGGGAUUGUGUCAGUGGCGACUCUGGCGCUGUUGUACAUCAUUCAUGGCCGCAACAAGAAGUCGAAAAGCUCAACUGACGAUAAAGAGGUCAUUAUGGCACUCACUGGCACUUCGGCUCUGUAUGCAGUGUUCGGGUCGAUUACGAACGGCUUCGUAUUCUUCGCCUACUGGGUGGUCGGCGCCGAAUCCGAGAACGAACACCUUUUCUUCAUGUCGAUCGGUCAGCUGGUCAAUACAAUCGGAGUCAUCUCCAGAAGUCCUACUCUGUUACUGUUGAAACCCAUGCGCGCUGCUUUCAAACGUGGAUUGACAAUGAAAAUCCGAAAUUGAACUUUCCAGAAGCAACGCAAUUGAAAGAUCAUUUCAGGGUUCUUCUUAACAAUUUCCCCA